AUGGCGCAGUCUGCUGCAGUCAUUGGGGUCAUUUGUGUUUCUCAGCUUCCCUAUGGCAAAGCCCUGUACACAUAUGAGGGAAAGGAGCCUGGUGACCUCAAGUUUAACAAGGGGGACAUCAUCAUCCUGCGGCGCAAGGUGGACGAGAACUGGUACCACGGGGAGCUCAAUGGCAACCACGGCUUCUUCCCCGCCAGCUACAUCCAGUGCAUCAAGCCCCUCCCACAGGCUCCACCUCAGGGCAAAGCACUUUACGACUUUGAAAUAAAGGAUAAAGAUCAAGACAAGGAUUGCCUGACCUUCACCAAGGAUGAAAUUUUGACAGUCAUCAGGAGGGUGGAUGACAACUGGGCAGAAGGAAUGCUGGGUGAUAAGAUUGGCAUUUUCCCUAUCCUCUAUGUUGAGCUGAAUGAAUCGGCCAAGCAGCUCAUGGAGAUGGACAAGACGUGCUCGGCUGCGGCCUCUGGCUGUGACCUGCCGCUGGCCACGGAGACGGUGGCAGUGGCGGCGGCGGCGGCGGUGGGCCUGGCCCCGUGCUCCACGCUGGCCGCUGCCGGGGCGGCUGGAGCAGCCCAGAGGCAGGUGGAAGGCAAGAAGAACGCCAAGAAGCGCCACUCCUUCACUGCCCUCAGCAUGACACACAAGUCCUCCCAGGCCGCCAGCAAUCGGCAUUCCAUGGAGAUCAGCGCCCCCGUCCUCAUCAGCUCCAGUGACCCACGGGCAGCUGCCAGGAUCGGGGACCUCACCCACCUCUCCUCCAGUGCCCCAGCCCAGGAUUCCUCUUUGAUUGGAACAGCCACAGUGGCUGGUCCCAGGACAAGUGCAAUAAUUGGAGAUCAGGGAACACCACCGAAGGUCCAGCUCCCCCUCAAUAUCUACCUGGCCCUGUAUGCCUACAAGCCUCAGAAGAACGACGAGCUGGAGCUGCGCAAAGGGGAGAUGUACCGCGUCAUUGAGAAGUGCCAGGACGGCUGGUUCAAGGGCACCUCUCUGAGGAGUGGCAUGUCCGGGGUCUUCCCAGGCAACUACGUGACACCCGUGUCAAGGGUGCCAGUGGGAGCUGGGCAGGCCAGGAACAGCGGAGCUGUAGGAGCUCCAACCACAAAAGUAGCCCCAGGAGCCAUCCACCCCAUUGUGGGGGGUCACAGCAACACCAGCACCGCUGCCAGGCCGGUUGUUCCCAUCACCGCGCCCCCGACGCACGGGCAGCUGCCGGCGGCCUCUCCGCAGCUCAGCACCUGCCUGCGGUACUCGGCCCAGCCAGCGGGCAGCCAGCCCCGCAGCGCCAUGCAGAUGGCGCACCCGGCAGUGCCGGCCCCGGAGCGACCCACGGCCACGGUGUCGCCUCUGCGGACGCCCAGCUCGCCCUCCCGCCUGCCCGCCGCGGCCAUUCGGCCUCACCCCGCCGUGUCCCCGCAGCACGGCCACCAGCCGCCCGCCCCGGGGGCCCGGCCCCUCAUCCCGCUCACCUCCGCCGCCGCCGCCAUCACCCCGCCCAACGUCAGCGCCGCGCACCUCAACGGGGACGUGGGCAGCGGAACCCUGGGCGGCCCCGCCGCGCCCGGGCCUGCCGGCAAAGCCGAGGAGAGGAAGAACGAGAAGAAGGAGAAGAAGAGCGGGCUGUUGAAACUUCUAGCAGGAGCAUCCACAAAAAAGAAGUCCCGCUCCCCACCAUCCGUGUCCCCCACUCACGACCCCCAGACAGCCAUUGAAGGAGUUCUGCAAGGGGCAGUGGGGCCUGAGCUCUCCUCCCUCUCCAGUCACGGCAGAGCUGGCUCAUGCCCCAUCGAGAGUGAGAUGCAAGGAGCCAUGGGGCUGGAGCCUCUGCACAGGAAAACAGGCUCCUUGGAUUUGAAUUUUUCCAUCCCUUCACCUGCCAGGCCUCCCCUCUCUUCCAUGGCAGCUAUUCGGCCAGAGCCCAAGCCUUUGCCCCGGGAAAGGUACCGCGUUGUGGUCCCGUACCCGCCGCAGAGCGAGGCGGAGAUCGAACUGAAGGAAGGUGACAUUGUGUUUGUGCACAAGAAGCGGGAGGACGGCUGGUACAAAGGGACCUUGCAGAGGAAUGGCAGGACGGGCCUCUUCCCCGGGAGCUUUGUCGAGAGCUUCUGAGGACAAACCGCCGCUCUCUCAACUGAGGAGCUUUCAGGGGAAACUGCAUAGCACAAGAAGAGACAGCAAAGAGAAACUGGACUGAUAACCACUGCCAUUUUUAUUUCCAAAGACUUCCCCCAGGCCCUUCAGUCUGCAGCUCUGGAGACAGUGUCCCGCUGUGCUCCCGAGACCAUGUGCGGUGCAUACAGUGGUAUGUUGAAGUAGUGCCUUCCACCUGGAAUCACAGACUGAAAGGACGCCCAUCUGGACUGUAGUAACCUAAACUCUGGCUGUUAACCUUUUGUGUAAAUUAUAGAGAAGAUAUCUUUAAAAAA